AUGCAACACUUGCGCAAGGCUGUCGAUGAUGGGAGACCUGACUACCGCGAAGAGGACGGUCUGCGCAAGGUAGUGCCAUACGCUUACACUUUCCAAACCUACGUCAAGCAACGAUGGAAAGGCCGCAAGAUCCUCGAAAUCUUUUCUACCGAGUUCAGAGACCGUAGUCCUGCCUACUAUGCUUUCGCGCUCGAGCAAGGCGUCGUGAGAGUCAACGAUGGCGUCAUCGGCCCUGACUUUGUCCUCGUCGACGGACAGCUCAUCAGCAAUGUCAUCCAUCGUCACGAACCUCCCGUCGCUGCUGGGCCCAUACAGAUCCUCGCUCGAGAUGAUGUGCGAGGCAUACUCGUUGUCGUCAAGCCUGGCAGCAUGCCCGUUCAUCCUACAGGCCGCUACAACCACAACACGCUCCUGCAUAUCUUAAAGUACGAGCACGGUUUUGAAGGUGUCUACACGAACAAUCGGCUCGAUCGACUGACGAGCGGUGUCAUGGUCUGUGGCAUGACGCCUAAAGCCAUGUCCAGGCUCGGCGAACUAUUUGGCACAGAAGGCGCAGUUAGGAAGUACUACGUCUGUCGCGUCGUGGGCUGCUUCCCAGAGGAGCAAGUCAUCAGCGAGGAGCCGCUACUUUGCAUAGAUCGUCAGAUUGGUAUCAGCGUCGUUCAUCCAGAAGGUCGUCCCUCAAAGACAAUCUUUCAGCGGCUCUCGUACCACGCUGGCACUGACACCUCUGUCUUGCAUUGUCAACCUGUGACCGGGCGCAGCCACCAAAUUCGAGUACACUUGCAAUACAUGGGGUUUCCCAUCGCAAACGAUCCAGUCUACAAUAGUACGACAGCAUGGGGCAAAGGUAACGGCAAGGGCGGUGUGUUUAUAGAUGCUAGCAACUUGGGCAAAGCGCCUACCAUGCAGACCGCUAUCGAACAAUCGAUCGCUUCUCACAAGGAUCAGCAGGAGCAAAAUGGGCGCAAGACCAAGCGAGAUAUGCCCGGUCGACCGCCGCCCAAGGAAGGCGGCGAAGAGCCCGGUUAUGGAUCAGGCGUGGAUCUAUCGGCUGAAGCCAGGCAUGCAAUCAUCACCUUGCGAAAGCACAAAGACAUGGACGACCGGUUCGCGAGGGAGCGUGACAUGACGCUUGCGCCUAGUCGAGGUUUCGUAUCGAACGACAACGACCUGACAAAGGAUGUGCUACACGAUGCAGACGGACCGUACUGCGUACGGUGUCACCUGCCACUGCUGCCCGAUCCGCGACCAGAUCAGCUGUUCAUUUGGCUCCACGCCUUACGCUACUCUUCCGAAGAUUGGGAUUACUCGAGCGAGCUGCCCACUUGGGCUAGGGAAGACUGGCAGCCUGAUGCUAACACCAGCAAACACGUGACUGGAGGCAGCCAAAAUGAGUAG